AGUCGACGCUACGCUUCCGCCAUUUUUGCUCUUGACGGUGUCAUCAUAAAAUAUAGUUUAGAUUUCUAUUUACAAUUAAAAUAAUAAGUUAUUAUUUAUCCCCAUAUUAAAUUAAUCGAAUAAUUGCUACGGCGAUUUGUUACCAUUGUUAGUGAUUUUCGUGUUAAGAUCGAAAAAGAUAAUUCGUAACCUAAAAAAUGGAUGAUGAUUUUAUUAAAUCUCCCGAAUUUAACGUAUUUAGUAAUAACAGGUACAUUAGAACGUAUUCAAAAGCUCAUAGAAAUGCAACUAACGUUACUCAGAAUGUUAAUACGGUGAAUGAUACUACAACUCCGGUGAUAAAAAAUGAUCCUCUAACUACGAAGAAUGCCAUGCAAUAUCUCUUGGAUGGGACUCUCAAACAUAAAGUAUGCCGAUAUUGUCUCAACGUGACGUCCGAGUUGGCUGAAUUGGAUCAAUAUUUGGAAGUGAAUGGCCAAGGAGCGUUGUACAAAGUCACCAUUAGAGAUAUGGUGGCUAGUUUCUAUCCUGUUAAGGUAGCUGAUGAUCCUAAUCUACCAGAUAAAAUAUGCGAGAAAUGUCUAGACCGUACAAUCAGUGCAUAUCUAUUCGCCCAGCAAUGUGAACAGAGCGAGCGGGCUCUCCGUAACUGUAUCGAAGACAUGUAUGACAAGUUGAUAAAGCUUGACCCAUUAGAACGACAAAAGAAACGUGGCAGACAGAAAUUGAACCCAAACUACAACACAUUGUAUGCAGAACAUAAAAAAGUUAUACAAUAUGCGGAACCAUUGAUAAAUAUUAUUAAUACGUCGUCGCAAUCACUGACCACUGAGGGACCUAUAAAGGAUUAUGAAUGUUUAAAAUGUUGUCAAGUUCUGCCUACCGUAGAUGCAUUGAUAAACCAUGAAAAGAGUCAUCCUAAAACCAUGUGGUAUAACUGCCGUCUAUGUGGCAAAUCAUUUCCAAAGCGGUAUCUAUUGAAGAAGCAUGCUAAUACGCAUUUGACGGAAAAGCCUCCGAAACCUUCGGCAAAUAGUUUCCAUUGUAACACUUGUGGGGAAACAACCAAUGAUUGUAAUGAAUAUUUACAACAUAUUGAGAAGCAUAAGUUUAAAGAAGUGAUGCAGCAUUUGGUGGAGAAGAAUAUGGACGAAUUAUGCUCUGUUUGUCUAGAUAAGAGUUCCAAAAUGACAACGUUGGAUAGUAUGGUAUGUUUGCAUGGAGGUCAUAUGGAUAUGACAGGAGACAGAAACAUUUAUAACAUACUGGCGUCUACCAUACCUGAUAUGAAUAUACUACACAAUUACACCGGAACAAAAAUAUGUGAAAAGUGCCUUAAUAAUGCCAUUACGUCAUAUAUUUUCAUACAUCAGUACCAUUUCAGUAGAAAUAGGUUAAACACUUGCGUUGAUUUCAUGCUGAAUAGUUUGAACGACAUUGACGCAGAAGAGGGUAAUGUAUUUGUAGAGAUAUCCAACCAUGCCAUCAUGCCUGCACUGGAAGAUUACGAUGAAAAUCUUCUCGUCAACGAGAAUGAUUAUUUAGACGAGUCUAAACUUAAAGUUGAAGUGCUUGAAGGCGAAUUUAGAAUGAAAGCUGAAGAGGAGUUUAAUGAAAUGAAAGGUAGUACGGAUAGCGACUCUGAUACUUCGACUGUUCUGUACAAUCCAGCGAAAGACGCGACGCAAACUUACUCAGCUAGGAGCAGAAUGAUCAAUGGAUACCAAACAGAUUCUAUGGAUAAAGUAAGCGAGUUCCUGACAUUUAAAAAGAAAAAACCGCCAAAGAAAAAGAAAUGUAAAUACACAUGCCCGCUUUGCUGUAAGCAUUUUAUAACAGAAUACUUCUUGAAACGGCACGUUUUGAAACACCGCUACAAGAAGGUCGAGUGCAAAUACUGCCCUCUGUACUUCAAAUCCAAAUUCUAUCUGUACGAACACACCAAAAUGGUUCAUAUCUUGAACCAUUCAAACUAUUACUCGUGCAAGACUUGCGGAAGAAUGUUUCUGGAUUACGGCACGCUCAGGUUGCAUGAGAGAAAUCAUAGGAAGAAAACUUGCGAUUUAUGUGACAAAAUAUUUGCUACACAGAGGUUUUAUGACAGUCAUAUGCAACGGCACGCGGCGCAAUGGCGGGUGUCAAUGCACGGCUCGAUAAAAACUUGUAGUUUCUGCGAAAAAGAAUGUAGAGGGAAAACGGACCUGUUACUUCAUGUCAACAAAAUACAUCUACAAAUCAAACCAUACUCUUGUGAUAUGUGUGAUCGACAGUUCUACACCGAAUAUGACUUGAGGAACCACGAGAAAGUCCACAAUGUACGCACCAAAGAGAAGUGUCAUUUCUGCGAUAUGGUCUUGAAGUCUAGAAAGCAGUUGGUGGUGCAUGUAAGAAAGCACAUCGGAGUGACACCCUAUAAAUGUCAUCUUUGUGAUCAAUCGUUCUACUGUGUGCAAAAGAAACGCAAGCAUAUGCUGUUAUAUCAUGGAGGGUUUACAUUGUCAGUUUUGUAAAACUUCUUUAAGGAAUAAGGCUGCAUUGAAACAGCAUAUUGCUAAAGCCCAUAAUAUAAUUUAGCCGUGUGUUAAGUGCUUUAGAUUAUGAAAUGUGCCUAGAGGUAAAACUUCUAUUGCAAUCAUAUAGGAAAA